UGCAGGCAGGCAUGUCUGUGCUCCCUGCUGCCUCCGAUCGCACUCCCCCUGCUCCUACCCCUGGAGCACAGCAAAAUCCUGGACAUUUGGGUAGAUCUAAACAACCCACCCGGACAGAGAUCAGAGGGCUCAAAAAGAGGAUAUGUCCAGGAAAAUCUGGAUGUAUGGUAACCCUAGAGUGUACCAAAUUGUUGGUUUUCAGACACACUUGUAGAGGAGAAGGGAAAUACAGUUUCAACUGGGGACUUUGGGGCAUUAGGCAGUUGCCAUGGAGAAGUCAAUUGUCUCUUCUGUGCUUGAAGUUCUCAGUCUAUACAGUGGGAAUAGCCUCAUUUGUUGACUUUACCAGAGUGAAUCAUGAAACUACAGUAACUGUAAAGGGCUUGAGGGCCAUGGAUGAAAAAUGCUAGUAACAAAGUAAUAUGAUUUUCAUCACUGGGAUAAUCUGGACUGUAUUGUGAGGGCCCAUUUCUUUAUGCACUGUUUUCUCUUUACAGCCUUGAUGCAGGAGGAGCCAUCGCUGCCAGUGACAUCUCCUAUGAAAACGAAAGUAGAAUGGGUGUCACCCAAGAAAAUCCCAGCUUUUACUGCAGCCAGACAGGAGACUCGGAGCCCCAAGGCCGUGUCCCCGGGGACCACAGUGGCAUCCAAGGCAAAGCUCAGUCCUCGAUCUCCACGGCGCAUCAGGAAUGCCCUGGUAGCUCCUCUUCCAGAGGGGGAGAUCCUGACAGACCAGAACAACAAACAGUGGAAACUUGUGAAGCUUCUGAGCCAGGGCAACUGGGGGCUGAUAUAUGAAGCACAGUCAGCAUCUGGAGCCUGUCCUCAAAAGCAAAGAUACUCUCUCAAACUUGAUGCCAAAAAUGGGAAGAUCUACAAUGAGCAGAACUUCUUACAGCGAGCUGCCAAGAAAGCUACAGUGGAUAAGUGGAAGAAGAUGCAUUUGGUGCCUUUGCUGGGAAUUCCAAACUGCAUUGGCUUUGGACUUCAUGCAAGUAGCUACAGGUUUCUGGUGUUCCCAGAUUUAGGGCGAACCCUUCAGUCCAUCCUUGACGAUGGCACAGACCUGACAGAGAAAGCAGUUUUCCAGGUUGCAGUGCGGCUGCUAGACUGCCUGGAGUACAUCCAUGAGAAUGAGUAUGUGCAUGGAGACCUCGCUGCUGAGAACAUCUUUGUGAACCCAGUGGACCUCACACAGAAACCAGAGGGGAAAAGAGCAUGGGAUGCCCUGGAGGUCUCUCUGAUUCCCACUGGAGAUCUCCCUGAAGAAGGGGUCACUCUGGCAGGCUACUGCUUCGCUUUCCGAUACUGCCCGGAGGGAAAGCACGUUGCUCACCGUGAAGGCAGCAGGACUCCUCAUGAGGGCACCAUCGAGUUCAUCAGCCUGGAUAGCCACAAAGGAGUCGCUCCAUCUCGCCGGAGUGACCUGGAGUCUCUGGGCUACUGCUUGCUGAAGUGGCUCUGCGGCUUCCUGCCCUGGUCUAAUGAGCUGGCCAACGUUGAAGCUGUGAUGGAGCAGAAAAAGAGGCACAGAAUGGAUGUGACUGGCCUCCUGAGACUGUGCUAUGUCCGGAAAACAAUUCCAGGUGCCCUACAGAGCUACCUGCAGCAAGCAAUGGCUUUAGAGUAUGAGGAGAAGCCAGACUACAAGGCUCUGCGAGAGAUCUGGAGGAAGCCACUGGAGAGGAUGAGAGCUUCACCUUAUGACUCAGUGGAUGUCAACAUGGUGCCCUAGAUUUGAGGAAACUUGACUGAGACUGAAAAUGUAGGCCUGCUGGAAGGGGUGCCCCACGCCCAGCUGUGCAGCCAGCUCUCACUGUGCUAUUACAUUUUGUUCUAGAAUUGUGACUUUUAUAGAUUGUUCUUAGAGAUUUUACCGUAAGUUAAAAACUGAAAUUUGAGCCAGCACUGAUGCUUUAUGAGCUUCAGCUAAUGUGAAGACCUACUCCUUCAUGGUAGAUGGCUACCCAGCCAUUUGGAAUUACUGAGGCACCUAUACACAUUGCCAUGAAGAUGGGCUGAACCUGGUGAAGGGGAAGAAACUGGGAAUUUUAAACAUUUGUAUCUUCCUAGAAAUGUUUUCUAAUAAACUUGUUUCAGAUGGAACCUGUA